UUGUCAAAAAUUGGGAAAAAUCGGAAAAAAUCGAAAAAAAUUAGAAAAAAUUAGAAAAAAUUAGAAAACGAUCAGGAAUUAAUCCAGGAGGAUAUAAAAUCAUGAGGCGCAUCGAAGGACUCGUGGAGAUGUGCUCAUUGAAUAAAUAAUUCAAAAAUGGAGAAAAAACCGAUUAAAGACUGGGAAAAACCUCAACAUGAAUUUAAGAUAAAGUGACAUUGCCUGCAUAUUAUUGGACGCUAGCAGGACAUAGAUGGGAUCCUGUUAUUGAUUAAAAAUAAUUUUUUCAAUUAUAUUUCUUCAGGUGUUUGCCAAGAAAUGAAUUACGACAACACACGGUGAACAUGGGGUGAAUCAACUAUGCCAUUCAAACUUGAUACAAACUGACUUUGUCACUCAUUGGGAAGACGAGAUCCCUGGGUCCUUCUGAACAUAAUUUGAACAAUAAUACGCUGCGGUGAUGUAGUUGUUUCGAUCAUAGCAUGACCGGUUCUGCUGAUUCAUUUUCACUAGGAGGAAUUAUCGUAGGACGCCGAUCGACGCCUGGAGGCUACAGAGGUAGAGGACAAGAGACAACGUCGACAACACCGAAAGACUUGACAAGGUUAUCCAAGUGUCAGGAAGGAUGUUCUUCUUCAUGAUGAUAUCGUUCCAAUUUCAACAUCGACGGUAAUAGAAUGCCAUAGAGCCGGACUGAAGCAUGCAGCGUUCAACUUUAUGCGGCCUGAAUACCAAACGCAAAUCCAUGCCAACUGUAGCAAGAAAAUUGAAGCGAUUGUGAGGAAGGCUCCAAAGACAAAGGAUCCUGAAGCUGAGAACGAGCCAUUGACACCUUGUCCUUAUUGCAAAAAUAAAUUACCUGAGACGGAAGUCAUGUGUGACAAAUGCAAGAGCACCAUACCUUUUUGCAUUGCUACGGGUCGUCACCUUCUCAAAGAAGACUUUACAGUUUGUCUACAAUAUGAGUUUCCCAAAAUCGCAACUGAGUUCCUGCGAAUCAUCGAAAGUGAAGAAGUUUGUCCAAUGUGUACGGAACAUGUGGAUCCAAAUAUGGUGUCAUCAAGCAUCAACAUUCAUUCAUUCCUCGAUGCACAAGAUACCAAUGUUAAAAAGGUUUAGAGUUUCUUUCAAACAAAGUGCGCUUACAUCUAGAAUAACUGUGCGAAUUGUGAAAAUACCAUUCCUGAUCCACAGCGACUCGUCGCAUAGCCUAUCAAAAAGGCAAGACUCAGCUAUUAUUAUACAGUUGUAACUUGAUGCCAUCGCUCACUAUUUUUCCAUGAAUCAUACCUUAGUCUUAGACCAAAAAGUUAGUACAGUGUAGGGAGUACAAUCUAUGGCAUACACGGUCUAGAUAUCCUGAACAGAUGCUGAUUUAUCGAAUCGAAGAUAAUACAUAGUCAUAAUUAUUAAAUUCCAGUCAAGCUUCCCUUUGAUAAUUUUUGAUAACGAAAACCUGAUAUAUUCAGCCAUCGAGCAGAAGAAUCGUCUCAUUCAAUCGUCAGGGGUUUAUACUUGGUGACUCUCAGAAAACUUAGAUCAAUUCUCAUGAUGAGUAUCUCCGAGGAGGAUACCUUGACAAUUAAAGUUGAAAUGCAAAGAUCAGUUUACCUAUAACAUAUUGUAAAAAAUUAGGCGAGCACGUUUGACGUUAGGUAUAGCUGAAUUUGUCGAUUGAAUUAAGUGAUUUGUCAAAUUAAUCAAGUUGCCGCUAGUUCAGUACUUGGAAUAGCUAAUAAAUUUGAUUAUCUCGAUUACUUUCGGUUGUAAUUCAAUUUCAGAGUGUCAGAAUGAUGUUUUGAUGCUGAAAAAAUACAGAAGAAUACUACACAGUUCAA